AUGUACGCAGAACCUCUACCAGGUAUCACCAUCACUCCAAAUGAGAGUAACUUGCAGAAAUGGGAUGUGGAGAUUAAAGGGCCACCCGGCUCUCCGUAUGAAGGUGGCAAGUUUCAUCUGAAUGUUGAAUUCGCACAUGAUUAUCCUUUUCGAGCUCCACAGGUCAAAUUUAUGACCAAAAUAUAUCAUCCAAAUGUCGACUCUGACGGUAGUAUAUGCCUCGGAAUACUCAAAACGGACCAGUGGAAACCUCCGACUAAAAUGACACACGUCCUCAUGUCCAUAUAUGAUCUCUUGGAAACACCCAACCCAGACGAUCCCCUCGUUUCCUCAAUCGCCGAACAAUAUCGCUCAGAUCGAAAAGCAUUCUUCAAAAAGGCUUCAGAAUUUACCGCUCAGGUGAGGUUCCUAGCCGUGUUCUAG